UUUUUUUUUUUACAAAUGACAAAAUAGAAUUUGAACUGAAUAUGUAGUUGUGUACGUCUUUCGUUUGACCACAGAUACAAUGGGACUCAUCGGAAAAAUGAGUGCAGACAACCUUAACUUCUUCAACUCUCAAGGUUAUGUGGUGAUAGAAUCAUUUGCUAGCGAUGAAGAAAUGGAAGCCAUGAGAACCCAAAUGGACCAUUUGCUUAAAGGCUUUGACUCCUCUUCCUCCUCCAUCUUCUCAACCAAGAACCAGCAAAAGGUAACUGAUGAUUACUUCUAUGAGAGUGCUGAGAAGAUUUCCUUUUUCUUUGAAGAGAAAGCUUUCGGGGAUGAUGGAAACUUAAAGCAACCGAAAGAACUCUCCAUUAAUAAAGUUGGGCAUGCAUUACAUGAGAUUGAUCCAGUUUUCAAAAAAGUUUCUUCCUCUGAGAAAGUAUCAGAUCUGCUGCACUCUUUGGGUUACAAAAGGCCUGUGAUUAUUCAGUCAAUGUACAUUUUUAAGCAACCAGGUAUUGGAGGGGAAGUUGUGCCUCACCAGGAUAAUUCAUUUCUGUAUACCGAACCAACAACUUGCACUGGGCUGUGGCUUGCUCUAGAAGAUGCAACAAUAACAAAUGGUUGCCUUUGGGCCAUUCCUGGAUCUCAUAAAAAUGGCCUUGUUAGAAGGUUCCUGAGAGGUGAAGAAGGGGUUUACUUUGAUCGACCUUCUCCUUCCUAUGAUGAGAAGGAUUUUGUGCCUGUUGAAGUGAAAGCUGGAUCUUUAGUUGUCAUUCAUGGUGACCUUAUUCAUCAGAGUUUUGAAAAUCAGUCCUCAAAAUCAAGGCAUGCUUACAGUUGGCAUGUGGUAGAUACUGAUGGUUGUAAAUGGGCUCAAGAGAAUUGGAUCAGAAGAAAAGUGGAACCAGAGCCUCUUUAUGUGUCUUGAUCUACCCAAGAAUCAGUUCUACAAAAGGCUGCUAUAUGCUUCUCAAGUGAAAUUUGUUAAUGCUUGGGUGCAGCCUAAUAAUAGCUGGUAUGUGUAUCAUAGGAUUCAAGUUUCUAAUGAAAUAAAAGAAAGAAUGAUAAAAAUGUUUAAUUUAUGGUUGUAACAUUCUCCUAGUGCAUCUUUGUGGCCAUUGGUAACACGUUUGUAUCUUUUCUCUUUUCUUCAGCAGAAACUUCUUGCAUGUACAAGUAAUUCUGAGAAACUUUGAUGUUCAAAUAUUUGUCAUCAAGUGAUGUACAUUUCUUAUAUUAUGUU